AUGGAACAAAAAUUAUAUGGUUUGACUCGAAUGGAUAUGAGAAGGAUAGCAUAUCAACUUGCUGUUAAAAAUAAUGUGCCCCAUCCAUUCCAUGACGACAGAGCUGGCAGAUACUGGCUCAAAGGAUUUCUUGCGAGACACAAGCAAACUUUAUCAAUACGCAAGCCCACUGGAACAUCUUUUGCUAGAGCCAAUGGAUUUACAAAAGCAAGAAUGGACGAGUUUUAUCAAAAUCUUGAGAAAGUUUAUGACGAAAAAAAGGUCACGGCUAGUAGGAUUUUUAAUGUUGACGAAACAGGACUGUCAAUUGUACAAAGCAAAUAUCCCAAAGUGAUUGGUCGCCGAGGAAAAAAGCAAAUUGGAGCUAUGUCGUCUGCUGAAAGGGGAACUCUCAUAACAGUGGUGACCUGUAUGAGUCCAGCUGGUAUAUUUGUACCGCCCAUGAUGAUUUUCCCGCGCAAAAAUAAUAGCGACCUAUUAAAGAAAGGCUCUCCUGAGGGUUCUAUUAUCCGAGUACAUCCUUCUGGCUGGAUACAAACACAUUUAUUCACGCAGUGGUUUGAACAUUUUAUCGAUUAUGUAAAGCCGUCCGAAUCCUCAUCAGUUCUCCUCUUAUUUGACGGUCAUUUCAGCCACACAAAGAAUAUCGAGCUCAUAGAUAAAGCUAGACAGAAUCAUGUGACUUUGAUUUCACUGCCGCCACAUUGCACACAUAAGAUCCAGCCCAUGGAUAAAGCAUUCAUGGGGCCACUAAAAAGUUACUACAGUGAAGAAAUUCCCUACGAUAUUUCAGAGUUAUUUGGCAAAGCUUAUCUAAAAUGCCAGACUGCUGAAAUUGCAGCAAAUGGCUUUAGAGUUGGUGGCAUUUAUCUAUUAAAUACAAAUAUUUUCACGGAAUCUGACUAUCUCGCAGCAGCACAAGAAUCAGCGGAUGGCAUUGCUGAAAACGAACAAGAAGCACGUAGUCCUAUCGCUGCAAGUCCACAAGUCAUAAAUGAAGCUGGAAAUCAUUCACCAACCCUAUUACAAGGUUUCGAUGACAGUCAUGUUGAUGUUUCGUCAAAUAGCAGACAACAGUCAAAUGAAAUUGUGUCGGAAACAGAUCCUCCAUCAGUAAACCUUCCUGAUAUUGCCAUGCGAGAAGAACAAGGAAAAGAAAAUCUUCCUGGACCUUCUCAUAGUAACCCCAUUGUGACACCGUUUCAAAUCUCACCAGUUCCUACUUCCAAAUAUCGGUCAUCAAAUCGAGGUCGUAAGCCAGAUCAAAGGGGAGAACAAUGGGUGCAAUGCUUCACAUGCGAAGGCUGGAUGCACAGCGAAUGUGCUGGUUAUGAUUCGGGUUGCUAUGUUUGUGAUUACUGCAAAGACUAG